AUGAUCUUCUUAAUGGACACCCAGAAAAUUGAAAUGGGAUUAACAGGAUAUGGAGUGUUUUUCUUGUCCUUUGGAAUGAUUCUUUUAUUUGACAAAGCACUAUUGGCUGUUGGUAAUGUUUUCUUUGUAGCUGGCUUGGCUUUUGUAAUUGGUUUACAAAGAACAUUCAGAUUCUUCUUCCAAAAACCUAAAAUGAAAGCUAUAGGGUUUUUCCUGGGUGGUGUAUUUGUAGUCCUUGUUGGUUGGCCUUUGAUAGGCAUGAUCUUUGAAAUUUAUGGAUUCUUUCUCAUGUUUAAGGGCUUCUUUCUUACAGUCAUUGGCUUUAUAGGAAGAUUGCCAGUCUUUGGGUUCCUCUUGAAUCUACCUGGAAUUUGUAGAUAA